CUCUCGGGCGGCGGGAUUUCCGGUGCAGCCGUUGCCUGGAGACGGUUGACAGCGGCGAUGCGAUGCGCCUUUACCCGAAUCCCUGGUGUUGUUAACACCAUGUCCAGCCGUAAAUCCAAAUCAGGAUCUGGAAAGGCGAGCAAAAAGUCCAAUCAGCCAGCUAAGAAAGAUGUGGGAACUCGCACCCACAAUCCCACCACUUCCGGCCGCAACAAGCCCAAAAUUGAGAAGGGAAAGUUUGAUCGUCAGUUGACCCAAGUUGAAAGCAGUGAAACCACAGAAGGGAAGUCGGCCAUCACCAUCCAGUGUGCCUUCCGGCAGUACCUGGCACGCAAGGAACAGGCCCGGCGCCGGGAGGAGAGGGAGCAGUACGAGGAGACGAUGGAGAAACUGGAGAGAGAGGCGUAUGUGGCACUGGUGAAGAGGGAGCAGGAGGCAGCUGCAAGGGAGCGCGAGAAGGAGGAGCAGGAGCGGCGGCGCAAGCAGGAGCAGCAGCAGCGCAGGGUCCGCAUGCUGGAAGCCGCAUUUGAGGGAGAUGUGGAGGAGAUGCAGAGCAUACUGAAGGAGGUAUCUGAGUUGGACACAAGGGAUGGUGUGGCGUUCGAUGCCAUGGGGCAGGUGAUGAGGCAGAGGCACCAGCUGGACAUGACGGACUGCACCGACGUGCACGGCAGCACCCCCCUGUCAGAGGCGGCUGGGGGGGGGCACCCUGAUGCCAUCCAAUUCCUCAUCGAGAAAGGAGCCGACCCCAACUCCAAGGGUGCGUAUGGACGGACCCCUCUGUAUCGGGCAGCGUUUGCGGGCCACGUGGCAGCCAUUCAGAUCCUACUCCAGAACGGAGCAGACCCUCGCAUCCAUGCGGAGGACGGCAUGAUCCCAGGAGAGAUUGCAUCGACAGACUCCACCACCAGAAUCCUACAGGACUGGGAAAUUGGCCACACCGAGGUCCUGAGGGAGAAGAUGGAAGCCGAGGUCCAGCGCAGGCGGGUUGCAGAACAGCAGCAGCAGAGGGAGGAAGCCAACAGGAUCCAGAUCCAGGUGUCAGAAAUAGAGAAGGAGCAGAACCGCAACCAGCAAGAGAUGCAUAAGGCCUACGCUGAGCUCCAGAAACGCAUCAAUGAGCAUGACAAGUGUGUGCUUCAAAAUAUGGGCAAGACCAACAUCACACUACAGGCUAUCCGCGAUGCAGAAGAGGUUCUGGUGGUGAAGAAGGCAGCAUCGGCCAAGGGAGAAGAGCGCCUCGCACUGGCCAAGCUGCAGCUCAGGGAGAAGCUGCAGAGGGAGGCCUCACUGUCGGAUCAGAAGGGGAUCCUGUGCCACAUCCGGGAGUUGGACGACGUGCUGCUGAAGGAUGUGGGUGACAAGAUCAAGCAGGACGGCAGGUGGCCUCUCAUCAUUGACCCGUCGGGACAAGCCAGCAUCUUCCUGCGCUACAUCGACACCAACUUCUACGACGCUUUGAAUCCCAGCCACAUGAAGCCCCAGGUGCUGCGUCUCGGCCUCCUUGGGGCCAUCAGGUACGGGAAGAUGCUGGUGAUCGACAUGAUGGAGGUGAACAUGUUCCCCGUGGUGACCAAUGUGUUUGAACAGAUCCAGGCCGGGCUCAUGGACAAAUUAAUGAGCAAGGAGUUACUGCAGAAUGACGGGUUCCUGUCCUUGCUGCAGCCGAGCGACGGGCCAGAGUACUCUCGCAAUGAAUUCUCUCCGAGCCGUGUGGCGAAGUUUCGGCUGGUGUUGAUCAGCAAGCUGCGGAGCCUGCCCAGAGACCUGCUUGCGGCCUUCUACCCCAUCCACAUCCUCGUCAAGUAGCAGACGCCAGGCAGGCACAGUACUCACCCCCACGUUACAGCCACCUUGCUCAGCAGGACGGCUGUGGGAUGACCACACUACCACACCGGCAACGCAUCCGGCAGUCGGCAGCUACCAAUGGGCCUCACCACCUCCGGCAGUCGCUGCAGUGUUGGUCUCAGCUGUAACCAGGAGACAAAUAAAACCCUUCAGCUUUGGUGACAUCCCAUGCAUGGUACUGGA